AGGAUUGUGGCUUCCCUCUGGGGCGGCCGCACAGGCCAUGGCCGUGGGGCUGGCGACUGGCAACUGCUGAGGAGCCAGGGCCCUCUGCCAAGACCCUGUGCCCCCGGCUGGCCUCACGUGCAUGGAAUGGUGCUGUGCCCCUUGCCAGCGGGCCAGGCUCACCAUGGUGCCGGGGGCCGUCCUGGCGCGGGGGAGGGACGUGUGCAGGCGGAAUGGACUGCUCAUCCUGUCCGUGCUGUCGGUCAUCGUGGGCUGCCUCCUCGGCUUCUUCCUGAGGACCCGACGGCUCUCACCACAGGAGAUCAGUUACUUCCAGUUCCCGGGGGAGCUCCUGAUGAGAAUGCUGAAGAUGCUCAUCCUACCGCUGGUGGUCUCCAGCUUGAUGUCCGGCCUCGCCUCUCUGGAUGCCAAGACCUCCAGCCGCCUGGGCAUCCUCACUGUGGCCUACUACCUGUGGACCACCUUCGUGGCUGUCAUUGUGGGCAUCAUCAUGGUCUCCAUCAUCCACCCGGGCGUUGCGGCUCAGAAGGAGACCACGGAGCAGAGUGGGAAGCCCAUCAUGAGCUCGGCCGAUGCCCUGCUGGACCUCAUCAGGAACAUGUUCCCAGCCAACCUGGUGGAAGCCACAUUCAAACAGUACCGCACCAAGACCACCCCGGUUGUCAAGACCCCCAAGGUGGCACGGGAGGAGACCCCUCCUCGCCGGAUCCUCAUCUACGGGGUCCAGGAGGAGAACGGCUCUCGAGUGCAGAACUUCGCCCUGGACCUGACACCACCGCCUGAAGUCGUGUACAAGGCGGAGCCUGGCACCAGCGACGGCAUGAACGUGCUGGGCAUCGUCAUCUUCUCCGCCACCAUGGGCAUCAUGCUGGGCCGCAUGGGUGACAGUGGGACCCCUCUGGUCAGCUUCUGCCAGUGUCUCAACGAGUCGGUGAUGAAGAUUGUGGCAGUGGCUGUCUGGUACUUCCCCUUUGGCAUCGUGUUCCUCAUCGCUGGCAAGAUCCUGGAGAUGGACGACCCCAGGGCUGUGGGCAAGAAGCUGGGCUUCUACGCAGUCACCGUGGUGUGUGGGCUGGUGCUCCACGGCCUCUUCAUCCUGCCUCUGCUCUACUUCUUCAUCACCAGGAAGAACCCCAUCGUCUUCAUCCGCGGCGUCCUGCAGGCCCUGCUCAUUGCACUGGCCACCUCCUCCAGCUCAGCCACGCUGCCCAUCACCUUCAAGUGCCUGCUGGAGAACAACCACAUCGACCGGCGCAUUGCACGCUUUGUGCUGCCCGUGGGCGCCACCAUCAACAUGGACGGCACCGCGCUCUACGAGGCUGUGGCCGCCAUCUUCAUCGCCCAGGUCAACAACUAUGAGCUGGACUUCGGCCAGAUCAUCACCAUCAGCAUCACAGCCACUGCAGCCAGCAUCGGGGCAGCUGGCAUCCCCCAGGCUGGGCUUGUAACCAUGGUCAUCGUGCUCACAUCUGUGGGACUGCCCACUGACGAUAUCACCCUCAUCAUCGCUGUCGACUGGGCUCUGGACCGUUUCCGCACCAUGAUUAAUGUUCUGGGAGAUGCUCUGGCCGCAGGGAUCAUGGCACACAUCUGCCGGAAGGACUUUGCUCGGGACACGGGCACAGAGAAACUGCCACCCUGCGAGACCAAGCCAGUGAGCCUCCAGGAGAUCGUAGCAACCCAGCAGAAUGGCUGUGUGAAGAGUGUGGCCGAGGCCUCAGAGCUGACCCUGGGCCCUGCCUGCCCCCACCACGUCCCUGUGCAGGUGGAGCAGGAUGAGGAGCCAGCAGCCACCAGUCUGGAGCACUGCACCAUCGAGAUCAGUGAACUUGAGACCAACGUCUGAGCCUGCAGGGCUGGGCUGGGGGCAGAAGCCUGAGGCAGGAACGCAACUUUCCAACCCUCCUCAGCAGCCAACAGGGGCCAGGUUCACACAUUCUUCCCACCCUUGAGCGACUCAGCCCCACUUGACAGAAAAUGAAUCUCAUAAAAGGGAAAGGUCUCAGGAGCAGCCCCAGCCAGAGACUGAUGGGUCCGGCAUAGCCCAAGCACCAACUGUGACAGUUUUCCCUGUGGACGACAGAAUUGAGGCCCUGAGAGCUGCAAACACUUUCCCGAGGCCUUGCCAAGUAGGGUUAUGGCCAGGAUGCUAACUCAAGUCUUUCAAGUGUGGACCUCUCCCUUCUGGAGGUCAGAUGCCAAGAGAGGCCCCGCCCCCUCGGGGCCGCCACCACUUCCCGUGUGUGAAGACAUAACAACAAUGUCCUGGUUUCUGCCCCAGCUGUGUCCAGGCCUGGGCCAGGCCUCCACCCCACCCCAUAACAGGUGGCCUCAGCCAAACAGUUCUCCCCAAGGGAGGCCCAGCCCAGGGUGAACACCCACUGCCUUCCUGGGGCCGCUGUCCAUCCGGUCUCCUGUCCCACCACUUGGCUCUUGCAAAGCUCAUCAGAUGUGGAGACAGAUGUCCUCGCUGCAGCUGGAAAGCUCCUUAGACACGACCAAGCCAACUUCUCAUGAGACAGGUGGGCAAGCCAGGCCCCAGGGGAGGCUCAGCCUGGGAUGCUCUGGUCAGCUCCCCAGAGGCCUAUGUUGGCAAAGUCAGCCCUUUUUGUGUUUGCAAAUUCCCUGA